CUCACUCAAACCAACCAAAUAAGUAUUUAAUACUCAUUCAUCAUGGGUAUUUUAGGUUUAUCAAAACUCAUAGCGGACAUAGCUCCUCAAGCUAUCAAAGAAAUGGAAAUUAAAAACUAUUUUGGGCGAAAAAUAGCAAUUGACGCUUCUAUGAGCUUAUAUCAAUUCCUUAUCGCCGUUAGAAGUGAAGGCGCGCAACUUACUUCUGUGGACGGUGAGACAACGUCGCACCUUAUGGGUACAUUCUACCGUACAAUACGAUUGGUUGAAAACGGUAUAAAACCAGUGUACGUGUUUGACGGAAAACCACCAGAACUGAAGUCCCAUCAGUUGAACAAGAGAGCUGAGAGAAGAGAGGAGGCGGAGAAGGAGUUACAAAAAGCCACAGAAUCAGGUGACCAGGCUCAAAUCGAGAAGUUUAACAGACGUCUUGUGAAGGUGACUAAACAGCACGGUGAAGAAGCCCGAGAGCUUCUCAAGCUGAUGGGCAUUCCCGUAGUGGAGGCACCCUGUGAGGCAGAAGCACAAUGUGCUGCAUUGGUGAAAGCUGGUAAAGUGUUUGCCACAGCUACAGAAGAUAUGGACGCGUUGACUUUCGGUGCAUCCGUACUUCUGAGGCACUUGACCUUCUCCGAGGCCAGGAAGAUGCCCGUGCAGGAGUUCCACUUGGACAAUGUACUUAAUGGGCUUGGAUUGCAACAGCAAGAGUUUAUAGACCUAUGCAUUCUAAUGGGUUGCGACUACUGCGGCUCAAUACGUGGCGUUGGGCCUAAAAGAGCUAUCGAAUUAAUACGUCAACAUCGUUCCCUUGAAGAGAUCUUAAAGAAUAUUGACACUAACAAAUACCCGCCACCAGAAGAUUGGGACUAUAAGAACGCCAGAAGACUGUUCCUAGAGCCUGAGGUCACUGACCCGAAGGAUAUUGAGAUAAAAUGGACAGACCCCGACGAAGAGGGUCUUGUUAAAUUCCUGUGCGGGGACAAACAGUUCAACGAGGACAGAGUGAGGAAUGGAGCCAAGAAACUGAUGAAGGCACGCUCCGGGACCACUCAAGGUCGACUCGACGGAUUCUUCAAGAUUUCGACAACGCCAAACCCGAAGCGUAAAGCGGAGGAAGUGAAGAGCGCCAGCAAAAAGGCCAAAUCUGGUGCUGGGAGAGGCAGGAAACCGAAAUAACUAAAAUAUCGGUAUUGACACGGAGUGAGAUAAACUUUAAUACGGUAUUAUCUAAAUUUUUGAGAACUGCAUAUGUUUAAAGAUUGGGAC